GGGGUGCUGGCGCUCGGGCCGCAGCUUUUCCCAGCCCGCAGGGAAGCCAAGCAGAAGUGGCUCGGGCGGCUCUGUCCUCUCAGGAAGUCACUGCGGGAGCGAGGGCUGUGCCCGGGAGCCGGACUCGAGGGGUCUGCCAGCCCCGGACCGGGCAGCUGCACACAGCUGGACGCAGCUGAACGCAGCUGGACACAGCUGGAGCACAGCUGGAGCACAGCUGGAGUUGCGAGGGCUCCUCCGGCAGCAGCGGGCGCCGGACGGGGCUGAGCUGAGCGCUCGGAGCCUUUGGCACCUCAGCGCGGGGUUUGGCAGCAGCUGGAGGAAGGAGCGGAGCAAGGAAGCGCUCGGGUGUGAGCUGGCCGUGAGUCACCCAACGCGCAAAGGCACAAACCCAGCCGGGGCGGCUGCUGCCCGCGGCGAGGGGCGCUCGCUGCAGGUGCCGGGCACAGCGCGGCUCGGGAGGGCGGUGCGGCCCCGGGAUGGCACGGACAGUUUUUAGGCUGUUCACCAUGAGUGUGGCUGUGCUCCUGCUGCUGGGGCUGCGGGUGGCUGCAGAGGGCAGGAGGAACAGAUGUUUCUUCAACCGCACCCAGGAGUCCUGUGUGUGCUACAACCUGUCCGAGGAGACGGCCAGCAGCAUCAUCCAGUGCCUCCCAGCCACUGUGGUGGAGUUUUGGGGUGGAGAUCUGGAGAAAUACACAGCCUUGCCCAUCAGGGAUCUGGAUGACUCCGUCAUUGACACUCUGGGCUCCCUCAUCAUCCAGAAAAUCAUUAUUGGAAAUGUCCUGGUGCCUGAGAUGCUCCUGGCCCGUGUGCUGAAGUUCUUCUCCUACACCCACGUGCAGGAGCUGGCCUUUGAGAGCUGCAUUUUCCAGGGCACAGGCGACUGGAGGGACAUGGAGGGGCAGGACUUGCCCAUCCUGUCCCUGAGCUUCCACAACGUGACCUCUGCCCCUCUGACGGGCAGUGAGCCAGCCUUCUCCAGCCUGGGCAGGUGGCUGGGGACCCUGGAGGAGCUGGCUGUCACCGGCUCCCGUGUCACCAGCCUGCCCUGUGCCAUCGGGAGGCUGCUCAGAGCCCUGCACUCCCUGAACCUGGCACACAACAGCCUUGGGGAUGGGAGCCUGGCCCCUGCCUUCUGCCAGGGAGCUUUGCCUCAGCUCCAGCAGCUGAGUCUGCACCACAACAACCUGAGCUCCUACCAUGGCGUGUGUGAGGGCGUGGGGCUGCUGCCACAGCUCCGGCACCUGGAUCUCAGCCACAACCAGCUCGUGGCAGACCCAUCCUCCUCCUGCCAGUGGCCACCAUCCCUCCUGCACUUUAACCUGUCCAACACUGGCUUGGAUGAAGUGCCAGCACUGCUGCCUCCCCACCUCGAGGUGCUGGACAUGAGCCACAACCACCUCCACGCUGUGGACGUCUCCCUCAGCUCCAUGAAGAAGCUCUUCCUGAGCCAAAACCUGCUGCAGGCCGUGCCCUCCAUCAGGAAUUACCCCAUGCUGGACACCCUUCACCUGGACAACAACUUCAUUUCGGAGCUGCCCAGGGCUGAGGUGAAGCUCCUGGGGCAGCUGCAGGACGUGGCUGUGGCUGGGAACCCCUUCAGCUGCUCCUGCUCCGGGGCCGGGGGGCUGCAGGCGCUGGCGGCCACGGGGCACCUGGGGCAGGGCUGGCCCGGGGACUACAGGUGCCACUCCCCAGAGCAGUACCAGGGCUGGCAGGUGGCACAGGUGCCCAUGUCCGUGCUGCGCUGUGACCCUGCCACCGUGGUGGCCCCGAUCUGCGUGGCCCUGGCCUUGCUGGCUGUGGCUGGGGCCGUGUGGCUGGCCAGGAGCAGGUCCUGCCACAGAGCCUGAGGGGCACCAGGACCCUGCCAGCAGCGCUGCCCCACUGGGGCUCCUGGGCAGGUCCACAGCUCCUGUUCUGCUGAGGGGCUCCUGCUGUGCCCACAGGGGCUUCCCGGGGGAGCAGGGCUGUCCACAGGGUUUUCCUGCUGUGCAUGCAUUCUAGCAGAGUCCCUGAGUGGGGAAUAAUGAGCAUUGACUCCAUGCUUGCAGAAGGCUGGUCAACCUCUUUAUUCUACUGUAUUACACUGUACUAAUAAGAAAAACCCCAUUGCUCUCUCAGACAAUCUGAUACAGCUUUGACCUAAUUGGUUAAUAAAUCCAAGCACCAUCA